AUGGACGUGCUCGUCACCACUGCCAUGCUGGCAGCUAGCGGUUCGCCAGUUUCGGUGAUCAACCCAUCCCCGAUGCGUCUCACCACUGGCGCCCAUCUCACACUUCCUGCGAAUGUACGCUCACUUGCGGCCCUUGUGCGACACGUGCUAGCCCUGUACACAUCGCCGCAGCAAACCAAGGAAGAUCAGCUUGCCCAUCGCAGCCGCGGGGGUGGCCCUCUUGCCCACGGUCUCUCCCUCGCCGCGAUCUCGCCGGAUCUAGCAAAAGGUCGUGAACGGCUUGCCGCCGACUCGGCCUGGGCGACUGCCGAUGCCGCCGCCGACGAGCUGGUAGCGGCAGCGGAUGGGCCAGCACUCCUCCUCUUUGCGCCAUGGUCGGUCCCAGUCGCCCUUGCCGCCGUCGUCGCCUCGGUCUUCCAGGCCGCUGCCGCCGUCCUUGACGCACCCGCUCUCGCCCGCUCGCCAACCGCUGUUGCUCUCCUUCUCGACGGCGCUGGCCCUUGCAACCGCGCGUCAGUCAUCGACGCGCUCCUCGCCCAUGUCUUUCACACCUUUACCCCUGAUCAAGUCGCAGUCUUCAACCCAAGCACUCCGCUGCCGGCCCGAGCCACACUUCCGCGCGUCGCCAUUGUGAUUGCAGCUAGCCAUCGCGGCCUUCCGGAUCUUGAUAACCUCGUUCUCGUGCACACCGUGGUCUACGCCGCAUCCGCCCGCGCACUCGCACCACGCAUUGCCCACCUCGUUGUCGCCCAUGGAGUUGCUCUCGGCGGCACCCCGGGACCAGGUAUCGACGCGCCGUGGGCGCUCGUCGCCGGCCCGACGCCGCGCUCGCCUGUCUUUGCGCGCAUCUGCAUCGUCGUUGUCGUCGCCACCGCUCCGGCGCGCGCCGCGUUCGCCGAGCUCACCACCGCCGGUGCUGCUGUGCUUGACAUGAUUCAGGACCACCUGCCCCGCAACGCUGGCGGUGCAAGCUUUGGUCCCCGCGCAGGCGACUAUCUGCGCCAUCUCGUGGUCUCACUUCGCCAGGUCGGCGAGGCGUCGGUGCCGCUGCUUCCGGCUGCCGGCGUGCUUGUUGUCCUCGCACAGACACUCUACGCCUGGUCAUCAGCCGGCUGGUCAUACGCAUCCGAGGCACUCGAGACCGCAACGAGCGCGCUUGUUGCUGUCCAUCCGAUCCUCAGCUCGACGUUUGCUGCCUGGCGCGCCAUUCUCGACGCUGGCAGCGAGGCCGAUGUCAAGAUUGACGAACUGACCAAGCAGCUGGAGGCGGAAACCCGGACCUCAACCGCGAUCGUCGUCCUUGUUGCGGACGACCACGCGCGCGUCGGCCUCGAGACAGAGCUCAGCCACAUCGCCGCCUCGCAUCCGCACUGGCGGCUUCGUGGGAUGCACCCAGACACGCCUGCCUAUGCACCCGGCUCCUCGCUCGUCAUCAACGCCAUCGCCGCCCUGCUCGACGCCCGCACUCCGUCAACCUCACUCAUUGUUGUGGCCCAACCGAGCCACGUUUCGGCGCUUGUCGUCCGACGCCUCCUCGCCCCAGCAGCCUUUGAUCUCGCCGUCUGGUACGAUGCCGAGAGCGAGGCGGCUGGCGCCACCGCUGCCUUUCUCCGCACCGCCAUACCUCGCCACAUCGAGCUCCAUGGCGAGGCGCUAGCGCGCGACUCGCCAUCGCUGCAAGCCUCCUUGAGGUUCGCCUCGGACGUCGAGUCAGUCCUGGAGGGUCUUGUCGAGGACGGCCACAGCCUCGUCGACCUCGAUCCGCGCCUUGGUGCUGUGGCUGUUGCGGCCGAGCCAUGCGCGCCGCCAGCGCCAGCUCCUCCGCAACCCGAGCAGGAUACCGCAGAGCCCGGGCCGGUUGACACGCCGCUUCGUUCGGGCCCACCGCUUCCGACGAUGGGCAUCGUCGCGUCGUCCGAGGCCGUGAUCGCGCUCGGCCUGGGCGGGUUAGACUUGUGGCGGACACAGUUUGGCCUGACUGUUGCCGCUGAGCGCGACGCGCUGCCUGCUGGCGUGGCCUUUGUCCUUGAUGAAGGCUAUGCAGUGGCGAUGGUCGACGGCUGGCAGUUGUCGGGUGACGCGCGGGAGCGCGCGGCCGAGGGCCGCCGUCUCCAGGCCAUGGUUUCGAGCGCCGAGCAGGCGUACGACGAGCUGGCGGUCCUGGUGGUCUUUGGGCGAGUGGGCGCUCGAGCAGCCGAGCCGUUUCCAUUUGUUCCAGCUCGAGUCCGGGCGCUGAUGGCAUCGUACGGCCGAACGGCGAGGGCACGCAGCGUGCGAGUCGAGUUUGUGUGGUGCACCGGGCACGCAUCGAUGGGAUCUGCUGUGCGGUCGCGGUGCGAGGCGCGCGCGGCAGUAAGCGCUCGAUGGGCGGGCUCGGCCGAGGUCUGGGCCUCACGGUCUUGGCUCCUUGCCGAAGAGACGACGUCGGAGCGGGUUCUGUGUACCCUCUCGCCGGCGCUCACCCCGUUUACCGCCCAAAUCGCACUCACAUGGUCCAAAAGCCUCGCCGACUUUGCACUGCACGACGAGCUCGAGGCUCUUGUCCGUGACUUUCCGUGGAUCCCGCGCAAAGUUCUGGCCGCAACGACCGAGCGGGCGCAAGCGAGUCCGUGCCCCGUCGCCGGCGUCAGCGAGCCUGCAACCGGCGGGUGA